CUGGACUGUAAAAAAGAAUUAAAGGAUAAAAAUAAAUAUAUUCAAUUUUUUUUUUAAAAGCAUUGCUUUGAAAAUGUUCCCAUGUUCUCGUUUUCAACAAUGGAAAUCUUUCUCAGCUCUUCUGUCUUAGGUCAUGUGAUAGUUAUUCCUGGUAGUCAAAUUGGCUAUAUAUAAAAUUAACUAAAACUCCAACAGUUUAGUACUGUGAGGGAUUUUGCUUGAUUAUACAUUUUUAGGUUAUAAAACCCUUUUUUAAAAAUCAGGAUCUUUCAAAGUCAGAAGAAAUACCAUUAAUCUUGGCCACAGUUUAUGAUGGCAGCCUACAUUUAUAAAGGUCAUUGAAGAUGGUAGUUCUUUCUCCUUGACAUCAUGUCCUACUGCUUGCUUACAAGUUGAUUUUUUUAAACUGUCAUUAGAGGCUACUUCUUUGUAAUUCUGGUAUACACUGAAGAUCAGCUGAGACACCCAGGUACAUGGACAGAACCACUAGUGUACUCUCCAUCAGUCCAUUUGAAGUCAGCCAUUGAUGGACUAGUUUGACUGGACCUUGUAAGUGAUUCCAAUCAAUCCACUUCCUAAGUACACAGAGAGAUCCAUUCCAUCCCUUCUGUUUGCUUAGAUACCUUUCUUAAUAUAGCUGCGGCCUUGUUUUACCUUCCCACAGAAGAUAUGCUGGUAAAAAUAGUGUCCCAUUGAGUUUUUCAGAUUUUCCUGCUCUUCUCUCAGGAUUGUUUCAGGUCUGAUACAUACCAAGUGAAAAGUAGCUGCACUUUACCUGAUCCAACCAUGGAAGCACAGAAAAAAAUCUUAGUGUUUCCUAAAAAUCUCUCUCUUAUCUUUAAUACUCUUAGCACCCUUCCCCGAUGGGCCGGAUUGUUUAUUUUGCUGCAAGUUGAAUAGUGGGCCCUGCAAGCUAUCUGCCUUCAUUCCAAAUGGAAGGGGAGAUAAUGGAAGAGAGGAUAGGGUAUGAGAGAACAGGCUUAAGUCCUGCUGAAAUGCAAAUGUCUUGACCUAGAAAAGUUCUACCUCUGGAAUGGAAGCCUGGUAGAGAAACCAUCUUUCCUUGUCCAUUCAGUGCACUAGCAACAUACAUACCUGAAAAGCGUUGGCUCUUGAUUAGGUGGGGCCGGAAUCGCUAUGCUGUGCACCUUCGCCACACUCUAACCUUAACGGAAGUAACCAUGUCACUCAGGACUUGCUGGCCAAUCAGGACCUCAAGUCUGACCUGCCACUCAGAAGUGGUGGAGGGUGCUUCCGGGUUCCACGUAGCUGUUUCAAAGCUGUAGCUGAGGAGGCUUGAGUGGUUGGUGUGACCUGAUCUGUGUGCUACGGCUGGGUGCUGUUGGAAUUCAGGCGAACAUUGAACUCACGACAUGGAUGCACUGACCUAUGAUGAUGUACACAUAAACUUCACUUGGGAAGAGUGGUCCUUGCUGGAUUCAUCUCAGAAGAGACUUUACAAAGAUGUGAUGCUGGAGACCUACAGGAACCUCACUGCUAUAGGAUACAAUUGGGAAGACCAUAAUAUUGAAGAACAUUGUCAAAGUGAUAGAAGACAUGGAAGGCGUGAAAAAAGCCAUGCCUCAGAGAAACCAUAUGAACAAACUCAGUGUGAUAAAGCCUUCCGUUAUCACAGUCAUCGUCAAAAGCAUAAAAGAACUCAUACUGGAGAGAAACCCUCUGAAGGCUUUCAACAUAGUGAAGCCCUUGCAAGUCACAGUAGUCUCCAAAUACAUAAAAGAACAGAUUAUGGAGAGAAACCCUACAAAUGUAAUCAGUGUGAUAAAACCUUUGCGCAUCACUCUACUUUGCGUUUGCAUAAAAGAACACAUACGGGAGAGAAACCAUAUGAAUGUAAUCAAUGUGGUAAAGCCUUUGCACAACGCAGAUAUCUUCAAAAACAUAAAGUAACACACACUGGAGAGAAACCCUACAGGUGUAAUGAAUGUGAUAAAGCCUAUUCACAACAGAAUCGUCUCCGAAUACAUAAAAGAACACAUACUGGAGAGAAACCUUAUAAAUGUAAUCAGUGCGGUAAAUCAUUUGUAUGUCACGCUUAUCUUCAAACUCAUGAAAGAGUUCAUACUGUAGGGAAACCUUACAAAUGCAAUCAAUGUCAUAAAGCCUUUUCAGACCCCAGGUAUCUUCAAAUACAUGGAAGAACACAUACUGGAGAGAAACCUUAUAAAUGUAAUCAAUGUGGUAAAGCCUUUGUGUAUCAUUGUGCUUUGCAUUUGCAUAAAAGAAUACAUACGGGAGAGAAACCUUAUGAAUGUAAUCUAUGUGGUAAAGCCUUUGCACAAAGAAGUCAUCUUCAAAUACAUAAAGUAAGGCAUACUGGAGAGAGACCCUACAAGUGUAAUCAGUGUGAUAAAGCCUAUUCACAACAGAGUUAUCUCAUAAUACAUAAAAGAACACAUACUGGAGAGAAACCUUAUAAAUGUAAUCAGUGUGGUAAAUCAUUUGUAUGUCUCAGUCUUCUUCAGACUCAUGAAAGAAUCCAUACUGGAGAGAAACCUUACAAGUGUAAUCAAUGUGAUAAAACCUUUUCACAACACCCUAGUCUCCAAACGCAUAAAAGAGUACAUACUGGAGAGAAACCCUACAAAUGCAAUCAAUGUGAUAAAAGUUUUUCACAAAGUGCUACCCUCCAAACGCAUAAAAGAACACAUACUGGAGAGAAACCCUAUGACUGUAAACAGUGUGGGAAAGCCUUUGCAAAGCAGUCUACUUUGUGUUUGCAUAAACGAACACAUACUGGAGAAAAACCUUUUCAAUGUAAUCAAUGUGGUAAACUAUUUGCACAUUACAGUACUCUCCAAUCCCAUAAAAGGAAUCAUACUGAAGAAACCUUAUGAAUAUAAUCACUGUGGUUGAAGCCUUUGAAAAAUCACAGUAGUCUCUAAAAACUAAAGGAUUCAUCUGGGAGAGGAACCCUAUGAAGGUAUUUGAUGUGGUAAGGUCUUUGGACAUUACCGUAGCCUUCAUCAUUAAAGUAUUUAUACUGGAGAGAAACCUUAUGAACAGAAGAAAUGUGCUUUUGCACAUCACAGUUAUCUCUUAAUGUAGAAAAGAACAGAUAUUAGAGAGAAAUGCCUCAAGUAUAAUAGAAGUGAUAAAGUCUUUUCACAACACAGUUAUCCCUGAAUGCAUUAAAGAAAAUAGACUGGUGAGAAACUCUAGGAAUGUAAUCAAUGUGGUAAACGCAUUGCAUAACAUGGUCUUCUUUGAAUAAAAGAACACACACUAGACAGAGACCCUAUGAAUGUAAGCAAUAGGGUAAAGACUUGAAACAAUUUAUACUGGAGAGAAACACUAUAAAGCUAUUCCAUAUGGUGAAGUCUUUGCAUGUAGUCUCCAGAUACACAAAAAAUAAUGCUGGAGAGAAACCCUACAAAUAUAACUGAUGUGAUAAAUCAUUAUGUUUGAAUACAUAAAAGAUACUGAAGAGAAAUCCUAUGAAUGUAAGCAAUGUGAUAAAUCCUUUUCAUAUUAAGUUGAACAUGAACUUUAUAAAAGAUUAUAUACUGGAGCAAAACCCUCCAAAUGUAGUCAACAUAAUGAAGCCUUUUUACAUCACAGUCAUCUUCAAAGUCAUGCGAAGAAUCAUCCUGGAGGAAAGCCUUAUAAAUGUACUUAAUAUUGUAAAGCCUUUGGACAUUUCUGUAAUCAUCUUGACAGUAUUCAUACCGGAGAGAAAUCCUGUGAAUGCAAGCAAUGUGGUAAACCCUUUUAUCACCAAAUGCACAGAAGAACACAUGCUGUAGAGAAACCUUAUGAAUGGACUCACUGUGCUAAAGCCUUUACACAUCACAGUAGUCUCUUCAUACAAGAACACAUUCUGGAGAGAAACCCUAUGGAUAUAAUCAAUGUAAUUUGCAUUUGCAACAGUAGUCUUUGACUAUAUAAAAAUACAUACUGCAUAGAAAGUCUAUGAAUGAUUUAGGACUUUUAAGAAGUCAUAAUGAAGGGAAUCUGACUAUAAAUAUUUGGUAAGAUCAAUACAUUCAGCUACACAAGAUUGUUCUAGAGAACAGUAAUCAGAUAAGUGUCAACCAUCUAUUCAAGCACAAUGUUCCUUUUCAUUUUAAAUACACCUGCAGACUCAUCUGGACAAAACCACUGGAUUUAAAUGAAAAGGAAACAACCCUUUUAGAUUUUACACUUCUCUUUAAUUACACAAAUAACUCAUCCAGGUAUAAAACUUUAUGAGUGUGUAUUGCUGUCUUUUCUGUUGCUGUUCUAAAACAUAAUGUCUAAGGCAACCUGUAAAACUGUUUAAUUUGGCUUAUGGUUCCACACCAUCAAAGUAUCAUUACAUUAGUUCUGAGACAUGGCAGUAAAGGAGGAUGCUCAGAGCUCACAUCUUCAACCUGCAUUAUGGAGCAGGGAGUGGGAACUAGAAAUGGCAUGUGGAUGUAAACUCUCAAGUGACGUAUUUCCUCUACUAGGGCAGCGUUACUUAAAUCUUCCCAAAUGAUACAAUCAACUUAGAAGGAUGGAUUUCUCUGACUACAAACACACAUUCUUGUUUUCUCUUACAUGAACCACGAUAAGGAAGAACUGUUGGUAAGCCUGUAGACGCCUCAACACAGUUGUUAUAGGAGUGAAUGCUUAUACAAGAAAAACAUGAGUACACAUUUAUUUGUUUAAUAAUUUGUUUAUUUUUAAUUAUGUGCUGUCAGUGUAUUUUUAUAUGGCUUUGUGCAUGUACAUACUGGUUCUGAAGAACCCCAUGGGUAGUCUUGGAGCAGGAGUUACAAGAAGUCAUAAAAAACAUGACCCUUGGUCCUAGAAAUAAACUUGUCUUAAAUGUUUGGCCAUGCCUCUAGCCCUGUAAAUAUUUGAAAGUGUUGAUCUAUUGUGUUGACAUUGGGUAAUGAGAAAAACAUUCAUAUAUGAGAAAGAUCCUAUUUCUUCAAACAGUUUGAUAAAGAUUUUGACAUCACAUUCAAUCACCAGAAAAAAUAUUGUUCCAUCUCUUUUUCAUAAUAGCCUUGAAGCAAGUAAAUAGUUCACCAUGUUCACACAAGUCUAAUGAUUCAUAGCUCUGCAUGUGCUUUAUAUUUUGACAGUUUUGAAGUUAGUGUUGAAUUAUGCUGUAUUUGUAACAAAUCCCUUCAUUAAAGCUUAUUUGAUGGCCUUUAUAUUACUUCUGUGGCUACAGGUGUCUUCUAGUGGGCUUUUCCUUGGUGGCAGGUGUCUUUUGGCUUUAAUGUAUAUAAUAUAAUGUCUAUAAACUAAGCAGUCCAGUAAGGGUGUUUGUGAAUAGGUGGGGGCUCUUGUUCCUGGUUUUGUUUGUCAUAUUUUCACAAAUUCCCUAGAGGUGUUGUUUUCUUAUUCAGCCUGGCUUGAAUGUCAGUAAUUAGGGCUGCAUAGAACUCUAAGUUAUCAUACAUCUCCCUCCUGAGUACAAGUCCAAAAAUAGAAGAUUUACCCCCAAUGUAUUCCUGUUUUGACAACACACUUUAAAACACUAAUUGUUAAAAUGCUUAAUAGAAGAGAAUAUGAGAAAAGUUAAAUACAUAAUGUGUGUAUCCAAAGUAACAUUUUCACCUAUCUGGUAGAGAUGUAGUAAAGUAGGAUAAACUGUAAUCGAAUGUAUAUCUCACAACAUAGCUUGAUAUGCUAUAAAUAUGCAUGUAUUACUCGGUGCUCCAUGCUUCUUCAUCUUCACAUUAGUUAUCCAUUGAACACUUUAUCUUGAACUAUUGACUUUUAAGAGAAUUACUUAGAAAUGCUAGACAAUGUAACAUAAAUAAGAAUUAUUAAAA